GCUGGUGGACUAUAAAGGUUGAAACUUCGUCUCAUUUUCUUGGCAACCAAACACCUUUCUACUCCCAAAACAAGAAGCAUACUUUGCUACGCAAAUGGCUUCUCUCUAUGUUUCUCUCAAGACCCCACUUUUUCAGCCGAGCUGUAUCCGCCGCCGUCAGCAGGCGGCGGCGGCGGCAUUUGGAAUCAAUGGUCGGAGAGCUCCGACGGUUUGCAUGAGCUUGGGAGUGGAGGCGCCGGAGAAUGCGACGAAAUCUGAGGGGUUUUUGAAGGGCAAGGAGGUGAUGGAGACGGAUGCGCGUGUUAUAGUUGGGACGUACGCGCGGUCGCCGGUGGUUUUGGAGAGCGGCAAGGGGUGUAAAUUGUACGACGUUGAAGGGCGAGAGUAUUUGGAUUUGAGUUCUGGGAUUGCGGUGAACGCUCUUGGCCAUGGCGAUGAAGAUUGGCUCAAGGCUGUUGUUGAACAGGCUGGAACCCUCACUCAUGUCAGCAAUCUUUACUAUUCCAUGCCUCAGGUGGAGCUUGCAAAGCGCUUAGUGGCCUCUUCUUUCGCUGAUCGUGUGUUUUUCGCAAACUCUGGAACUGAAGCAAAUGAAGCAGCUAUUAAGUUUGCAAGGAAGUUUCAAAGACACUCGCAUCCUGAUGCGAAAGAGCCAGCCACAGAGUUCAUCUCAUUCACCAACUGUUUCCACGGAAGAACAAUGGGUGCUCUUGCUUUAACAAGCAAAGAGCACUACAGAACACCUUUUCAACCAGUCAUGCCUGGGGUGACAUUUGCAGAGUAUGGAAACAUACAAGCUACAAAAGAUUUGAUCAAGCGCGGGAAAACAGCGGCAGUUUUUGUUGAACCCAUUCAAGGCGAAGGGGGCAUUUACAGUGCCACGAAGGAGUUCUUGCAAUUUUUACGCCAGGCUUGUGAUGAUGCUGGUGCUCUUUUGAUCUUUGAUGAGGUCCAAUGUGGUUUAGGCAGAACUGGAUCUCUCUGGGCUCACGAAGCUUAUGGUGUCUUCCCAGAUAUAAUGACACUGGCCAAGCCUCUAGCUGGUGGCCUACCAAUUGGAGCUGCACUCUUGACUGAAAGAGUUGCUUCCUCAAUGGCUUAUGGUGACCAUGGAAGCACAUUUGCUGGUUCACCUCUUGUAUGCAAUGCUGCUCUUGCUGUUCUAAAUAAGAUCUCAAAUCCUAAUUUCUUAAACAGUGUCUCUAGAAAAGGUCUCUACUUGAAAGACAUCUUAGAACAGAAAUUGGGAAAGAAUUCACAUGUGAAGGAAGUUCGAGGAUUUGGAUUAAUCGUCGGAAUUGAGUUGGAUGUCCCAGCAACACCAUUUGUUGAUGCCUGUCGAAAUUCUGGGCUUCUGGUAUUAACUGCUGGAAAAGGUAAUGUGGUGAGGCUUGUGCCACCGUUGAUCAUAACUGAGCAGGAGCUUGAUCAUGCGGUUGACAUUAUGUGCCAAGCUAUACCUGUUCUAGAUGUGAAUGUUUCAAAUUAGGAGAAAGACAAGCUGCAAUUGUUUAAAAUCCUUUACCAUUGUUGCUUGUUGUAUUUCAUAUGAAAAAACAAUGGGGACUUGCCCCUCAAAUGUAGUUCAAGCUAUGGUAGUGUGUUGGCUUGUGAGGUACAGCAAAUUCUGUAAUUUAGUUUACUGGCAUAACACUUUCAUCUCUUUAUGUUACAGGCCUGGAGUUUUGUUAAAUAAAUUGCCAUUGAGAUGA